GCUGUGGCCGGUGUGGCUUCCUUGGGCACCAUGCUUUACACGCAGAUGGUGCAGAACGACUUGUGGGCCUGCGCCGUUUGUGCAGCCUGCGCUGGGCUAAUGUGGCUCGUCGACGAGGCCAUCGCUCUCUUCCUGUCCCUCACCUUCGUCUCAGUGGCGGCCAAUUGGGCCCUGCUGCGGAUCGGAGCUGUGGACCCUACUGUUGCGCAAAGCCUGCUGCUGUGCACGGCCGGUGUGGCAGUGGCACUGCUUUGGCUGGUACAUCCGCCGUGGGCAGCCUUCUUUGCUGGACUUCUGAUGUGCUGCGCCAUAUGCUACCUCAUGUCGCGACAGAACUACGCUGCUGUCCUGGUGGGUCGCUUUCUCCUGCUUGUAGCAUUUGGAGUGCUCAUCUUCAGCUAUUCCCAGGUAGACCCACAAUUCACCAUCGCCUUGGGCGUGGUGCUGCUCCUCCAGAUCUUGGGAAUUCUCGUCUCAUGGGUGUUGGAGCAACGCCGGCAGCAGCGCCGAGUUGCUCUACCCUUCCUGACCAGGUGGCGCUGGCAGCGUGGAGAGGUUGGUCUAUUCUCCAGCGAGCUGCCAGAGGUGGAGGCCGGCCAGACCCAGGCCACUGAGACCCGGGCUGCCCAGACACAGCAGCCGAGGGAACAAGAGUGGCCCGUGGCUGCGGAGGUCCAUGCGCAAGCGUCGGUGUGCAGCACCUCUGCGUCGGCUGCAAGUUCAGGCCAGCGACCUCCAACGACGCCCAUAGUCACAGUCAUGCAGCCGGGUGUUUCCUUCCGCUUGGAGGAGGUCGGCUUCGAGCUGCCUGAUGGGAAAAAGCUACUCAAGGACAUCGACUUUACGAUUGCAGCGGGUCGACGUGUGGCCGUCAUGGGACCAUCGGGCAGUGGCAAGACAACCUUGCUAGGGGUGCUUAGUGGCCGUGCCUCCUACGGGCGCGUCUCUGGGAAGCUGACGGUGGGUGGCAGGUCUGCUGACGAUCUCAGGUUUCUGCAGCACGUCACUGGCUUCGUGCCACAGGAUGACGUCCUCCACGGCGAGCUCACAGUUGCCGAGAACUUGCGAUUCCAGGCUUCUUUGAGGCUCCCGGCAGGGCGCACGCGCGAGGAGGUGGAUGCCUGUGUGACAGCUGUCGCGAAGGAUCUGAACCUUAGCAGCCUCUUAGACGCGAGGGUGGGCACCCCUGAGAGACGUGGAGUGUCUGGGGGGCAGAGGAAACGGGUCUCAAUUGGCAUGGAGCUAGUUGCGCAGCCCCUCCUCCUCUUCGCAGACGAGCCAACCAGUGGGCUGGACAGUACCACUAGCCACGAGGUUGUUCGUUGCCUUAAUGGCGCUGCUGCAAGGCUCAAUUCCACGGUUGUUGCUGUGAUCCAUCAGCCACGCUACGAGACUCUGCGGCUGUUCGACGACCUCGUGCUGCUGGCGUAUGGUGGUUGCUUGGUUUAUGCUGGGCCAACAGAGGCUGCAGUGGAGCACUUCAAGACACGCUUGCACGUGACGUUCACGCAGAACACCAACCCGGCAGACAUUCUGCUGGAUGCAAUCCAGCCACCGAACGCUGACCCUGAGGUCUGCGCCAGCGCCUGGAAGUCCUGCGCAGCCCUGCAGGAGAAGCCAGAGCAGACAAUCCUGCCAGCGAGUGUGUUCCGUCGCACCCGGCAGCCUUUCUUCCGUGCAGUCCUCAUUUACAUGGACCGGUCCAUGCUGCAAACGAUCAGGGCGUACAUGUCCUUGGCCAUCAACUACACCCUGUGUUGCGUGGCAGUGCUGCUCCUGUGCAUGAUCCUGAAUUACGACCGGCUGGACCAGUUCUUCAUGCAAUCAGCGCUAGCCGCCCUCUUUCUCAUGCUGCUGCAGGGAGUCGCUGCACAGCAGGUCUUCGGGGCCGAUUUGCUCACCACUUGGCGGGAAGCCAGGGUCGGGAUGCCUAUGGUCGCAUAUUUUGUGGCCAAAGAUUUGACAGCCUGCGUCGAGGUCACGCUGUCGUCCGCAGUCUUCGCUGCCGCUUACGGCUAUGCGAGCGGCAGCCAGAUCUCCUUGUGCCAGCUCUUCGCAGGAUCCUGGGCAUUUGUGUUUGCUGUCUUCGGCCUGAACUACAUUUUCAGCAUCAUCCUUUCACCAGGUGCUGCGCAGAUGAGCGCAGUUGUCACGUCGUUCCUCUCCUUUUGCACCGCGGGCGUCUACCAGCCACAGCUGAACGAGAUGGCCGGCAUGUUCAACGGACGAGGUUGGAUGGUGCCUGCUUUGAGUCCCGUUCGAUGGCUCUGGGGGUAUCUCCUCACAGCUGAGGUUCCCAACUUGACGCCGCUUACGUUGAAAGGAGCAGCGGGGCAGCUGGCUAGCAAGGGCUACAAUGUCGACUACGUGUACGACUGCAAGAACUCGAUGGUCGGCGUCCAGGACCAAUCAGUCAGAACUCUCCAAGAGGCUUGGCUCGACGACAGAGGUUGGGUCUGUUCUACUGCGCCGCUGCUGCUCCUGGGGAUUCUCUUCCGCUUCCUUGCAGGAUGUUGCUUGUUGCUGUACGUCAGUGCACAGACAAGUGGCUGGGCGCGCUUCUUUGGACAGUCAGAGUUGGGUGCAUGGAAGUUGGCCGGCCACUUCUUCAAGCUUCUAGUAGGUUCAUUCCUGAUUAUCUUCCUCUUUGCUGAGGUUUGGAUCUUCGGAAGCCUUCAUUUGGAACUGCAUCUGAAG